AUGGAGGUUGAAUCACCUGCAUCGCCUCCGCCUACCUUGGAAGAAGAAAAACCAAAAAUAGAUAAGGAAAACGCUGUGAAAAACAUUCCCCUUGUCGACGAUGAAGAAGACGAAUAUGUUGAUGAUGUUGGAAGUGAAUUACAAGAAAGAUCGAAAAAUGAGUCUUCGAUUGCAUUAUCGAUAACUGAAAAAUAUAAACAUGCGUCGAAUUUGUAUGAAUCGUUUCAAGAUUUGGUGAAUUGUGGAGAUUUGAAUGCGAUUUAUCGAAAUCGUCAAGUUUUUAUCAAUCAAAAAAGGUCGAAUUUGGUGAGACCAGCUUUGGAUGUUUUUCGCGAAUUACCUUCGUCAAGACCUGCUGUUUUUUAUUAUGUUGGAUUAAUUUUACACGAAUAUACACAUCAUUCGUUUAACAAAAUUGAAAAUCCUUCGCAUCGUAAGUUAUUCUCUGUAAAUACUGUUUUUUAUUUAUCCCCAUCAUAUUUUUAGCUGUGAAUCCAAUCCAAAUCCGCGAAACCAUAACUAAAUUCCUGGAUGUUUUUCAAAAAUUCGUCGAUGAAACUGAAAAUCGCAAAGGUUUGGCCGAUAUGCUCACUUUUAUUUGCAAUUUUUGCGCCGAAUUAUCUGGAAACAACGGUGGAAGACCAAGUAUGAGUCAAAAUAAAACACCAGAAGCAAUGUUGUCGUUUUUCUUGAAAUGGGAUCAGAUUUCGAAACUUAUUGCGUUGAUGGAUAAUAUUAUAGCCAAUUUGUUAGUUUUUUUAAAGCUGGGCCUUGAAUUUUACCCUAAAACCCUUAAAAUUCAGACUCGAAAAAUCGCCUGAAAUGUGUAUGAAAGUUUUGUUUGAUGCUAGUCGACAUGGUCCGCAUUUCAAUUGGAUAUGGUUACAUAUUGCGUAUGUUUUCUCACUUUCCACUUUUUUUCCCAAAAUAUUAUUUUUAUCUUUUUCAGAAUCAAUUAUCCUGGUUCAACAAUCACACAUCUUCUGAAAACCGGUGUUGAGCAAAUCCAAAAAUUCAUCGAUGAAUUCAAAAAUCCGGCAAUUCAUCAAGAAUAUCAGCAAAAAUUCCUUGCGAUUUCGGAUAUUUUCAAUUUUCUGAUGCGCAAAAAAAGUCCAGAACUUCAGGAAACAGUUCGAAAUAUGAUUAUCGAAUCGUUGAAUUCAUCCAACAAAAAUCUGAGUUUUCUAUUCUUCCUAAAACUCGUCACAAAUAAUAUGGAAACUUUGCGAAAUGUUGUGACUUCGAAUAGCGAUUUGAUAACCACGUGGAAUGCGAUUCGCGCCACCCGACAAAUUGCAACAAUUUCUGACAAAGCCACGAUUAUUUUGCCGAAUUUAUCGAUUGGUUAUGGCGAAUUUACAAAACAGGUUGUUUCGAUAAUGGAACCAAAAACACAUGCUGUAUUCUUGGAAAUGAUGAUCGCUUUGGUUUAUGAUAAAAAAGUAUUUGAUGGUGAAAAUAACCCGAGCACUAUAAAUUCUCAAAAAUCGUUAGUUCAAAAUUGCGCGCCAGUUCUUGAAUCAAUGGUGGAUAAAUUGGUGCAAUUAGCACAUUCUUCAACUGGAAAUUCAACAAUUUGUCCAUCUCAACAUCCAUCAAUUAUUUCGUUUUCAUUUGAUGAAAAAUUGCAAUUUUUGAUCGAAUCAUUUGCAAAUCAUGUUGAUAAGUAGGUUUUUCAGAGAGAGAAAGAGAAAGCAUAAAUAAAUAAAAAAACAAUUAAUUGUUCCAGAUCUCACUCAAUAAUCCGACAUUUACAUGCAAUUGCAAUUGCUAACGGCAUUUCGAAAGCUUCAGAAAUUGUUUUGAGAUUUUUGUUGACAAUUAGCCAUGAGACUCCGCAAUUUGUGAGUUUUAUCAUAAAAUUUUAUAGGAAAUUUUUAUUUUUUUUCAGAUCUACAUUAUGACCGCCUAUAUCACAGUGACUCAUAAAUUCUUCCCAAAAAUGAUGGAAAAUGUGUACAGCGAAUUUUUCGCACAAAAAACAAUUAUUGAAAUGAGCCUUCCUGAUGGUAAUCUUUAAUAAUUCAAUUUCAAAGCCCCCCUCCCCAAAAAAUCUUUUUUUUCAGAUAUCGAUCGAUCCAAGUUGCACCUGAAUCUUUUGAAUAAUUUGCGAAUUUUAUUUGAAUGGGAUGCUAGUUUAGAAGAAUCGAAUCCGAAUUCAUUUUUGGGAUUCUAUCCCGGUAAUAAAAUCGGAUCGGUUUUGAACAUUAUAAUGGAUGAUUCGUUGAAAUUUUUGAAUGAAGAAACAAAUCUGGAAAAAAGACUAACAAUGAUCCGAAUGACGACUAAAUUAUUGGAUGCUGUUUGCGCGGUGAAUUCGAAAAAACAAUCUAGAAAAUUGCUCAUAUCAAUCUCAAAUUGGUAUAAAUUAAUGGCUCAAUUAGCAUUGCUUCUAAAAUGCGCUCUAUUGACAGUUGGAAGGAAAAACGAUGCUGGAAUUACAGUUUUUGAGGAAUUGCGAACUGCGAUUUUGACUUUUCUUUAUAAUGGAAGUCUUGAUGCGCAAUUGAUGAAAUUUGUGCCGAUUUUCACCAAUUUUUUCAUUCAGGCUUGUUUUUCGGAUGCUCAAAUACUUUUUGGUGAAAAAAUUGUGGAUGAUAAUUUGUUGGAUGAACAAGGAAUCAAUAAAUCAUUUGAUUUGGUGAAUCUUGAAGCCGGACCAAAUGUUAUUCAAGGAUUGUCGAAAUUGAAAAUGCAUGAUAAUGCGCUGGAUAUGAUGCAUAGUGGACAAUUGAAAAAACGAAGAAGAAUUGGAGGAGAUUUUGAGAUAAAUGAUAUUAAAAAUAUGACGGAAGAAGAGGAAGAGAGAUUUGUGAGUUUUGAGUGCCGAAUUCGAAAUUUAAAUUUUCUUUUGUAGUUAUUUUCCCAAAAAAAUAAUUUAAAAAUUCUUUUUUACAGGAAGAUGAAUAUCAAAGGAUCUACGUGGUUCUUGAUGCAUUUCGAGCAAUGUGUACAACUGGAGCACAAGAUAUUCGUCUUCAUAAUUCCAAACAAAUUGCCACAAUAUUGGUUGAUUCAAUAUGCCGUGAUAUUUUGAGCAGCGAAAUGAAAUUUGAUGAUUGGGAUAUUGAAUCGGAAUAUAUUCAUCGACACGUCGAAAUCGAUCGACGCAUUUCUCGCAGUGUUUUUGCUGAUGGAUUAAUGCGAAUGCUUUCCGAAACACGAAGUUUUGCAUUUUGUCUGCCAAUUCUCAAAUCGCAACUUGCUGUGAUUAUCAGCGACGCCGAAAAAUCAUCGGAUCGCACGCGAAUUGGCGAACGAACUCGUGACAAACUACACAGAUGGAUAUUGCUGGCAUCGAAAGCCGCGAUUAUUCCAGCGAGAUUUGUGUAUCUUUGCGAUUUGGAACAAUUUACCAAUUCACACGAGACUUUUUUGAUGUUGUUGGAAAUUUGGAGGUUUUUACAAGGAAGGAAUUUGACGAUUUCUAUCAUUGAGAAUUAUCAUAAAGAAUUGUUGAAAGGAGAUGUUGAUGAAGGUUUGCCUGUGAGUUGAGAUGGGGACUAGGAUGGGGUGUUUGGAUUUCUAGGCCGUGGUAAACUAUUGGCCUUGAAAAUUAUUAUAGCGAAGAAGUUUUGAAUUUCUUUUGACAGCUUAUGAAAAUCAAUAAUUGAGGGUCUGGAAUUUUAUUGUAAUAAAGAGUAGCUCACAAUCAAAUGGGAAAAUUCAGGGAAUUUCUGAGCCCAAGAUUCGUGACACAAAAAUAACAAUUGUGCUCCAUUGCACAAUUUUCCAGCGAUUCAGUUUUUUCCCGAUUUUCCAACAAAAAUCAAUUUUCAGAACGAAAAAGAGGGAAAUGAUCGUGCGACUUUCGACUCAGUUCGUCUAAUUCUCCAAAAUCAUCUCGUAGAAUCAUAUCAUCUUUUCCCAAAACUUUUUGCCACCGAAUAUUCGGCUUUGAAAAUCAAUACUAUAGAAUAA